AUGACUGGACAACCAGUACCCUUUACCAUUGCCGAAAUCAAUGAGGGAAUGAAUGCAUUCCGUCAAACCUUAGACCAGCAGAAAAGCCAAAUCGAAACACUGUUGGCCCAAAAGGUCCAAACUGAAGCCAAACUCACCAGUCUUACCAAAAAAAAUGAAGCCCUCCGCAGCCAAAUACAAUCAGUCGCAUCCAAAACUGUUAACACCAGAAAGAGCACUGAAAGUAUAGCCAUGCAGCUUGACAUGUCCGGAACCUUUCACACCCCUAACGGGGAAAAAGGAUCUAACAGCAGGGAAACGACCCUGGCUCUAGACUUUUUGGAUGCAGGAACCCUCAAGAAGAACAAUCAGGAAGGAGCCGAAGAGGGAAAAAUGGAAAAGAUGGUUAAGGAGUACCUCAAGGCAAUUGAGGCCAAGAUCGCCAAAAUUCCUGGAAUGCGAAAACCCAUGGAAGAAGAAGCAGCAGAUGGGUAUAUAGAGUCUCCUUUCUUAGAAGAGAUUGCCAUGGUAGAAGUUCCGAAGAGGUUCAGCACACCCAACAUGACUAUGUAUGAUGUAACAACAGACCCUGAUGAGCAUGUGUCCCUCUACAAGCAGAAGAUGAUGACAAGCUCAAUCCCUAGAGACAUCAGAGAGGCUAUCAUGUGCAAAGGCUUUGGAGCCACACUAUCAGGUCCAGCUCUAACUUGGUUCAUUAAUUUAGAUAAUGGGACAAUUCGAUCUUUUGCAGGAAUGGUGAACCUAUUCAAGAUCUUGUUCGCUAACAGCAGGAAAAUCGAGAAGCAGUCUUCAGAUCUGUACCGUGUUGUACAAAGACAUGGUGAAUCCUUGAGGGACUAUCUUAACAGGUUCAACAGGGAAAAGAUUGGGAAACACAAGUGUGAUGCUCCUAUAACAAUCGAAGCAUUCAGAAGAGGACUGCUAGACCAUAGUGAGCUCUACAAGGAGUUGACCAAAUAUCCCUGUACAACCUAUGAAGAUGUGCAAGCCAAAGCUAUGGCUCAAGUCAGAUUUGAGGAAGAUACCUAUGCAAGAAAGACUCCCGAGCCAGAUCGCCAGCCAAGAAGGAACAAUAACUUUUCCAGAAGAGAUCAUCGAUUUAAAACAUAUCAGCGUUCCCGCUUUGAUGCAGGAUCAGUCAAUGCUAUCGAAGGAGAAUUCUCCGAUUGGAGGGAAGAUUCUGAACUCCCACCUAAAUUACAUGAAUAUUGCUUCAAUGUUAACCCUGCAGGAGUAAUUAGGACCCUGAAUAAGAUGGGAGAUACUGUGCAAUGGCCCAGAAAGAAUGAUAGGCCUGGAGAGAAGAAAGAUCCAUCCAGAUGGUGUGAUUUCCAUUCAGAUAUUGGUCAUACAACCGAUGAAUGUGUUGCGCUCAGAAAGGAGGUUGCUUACCUGCUGAAGAAAGGUUACCUCAAAGAACUCCUGUCAGAUAGAUCUAAAGCUCCAGGGAAGGAAAGAGAAUCAAAGCAGGGAGGUCCUCCACCUCCGCCUCCAUUUGUCAAAACCAUUUGUUUCACAUCAGGAGGGUCAGAAGUAUGCGGUUUAACAUACUCAGCAGCAAAGCAACACGCAAAGGAGAGCAAUAAGGAUCAACCCGACAGAAGGGAAAAAUCCAAAAUAGACAUUCCCAUCAUGUUUGAAGAAAGCGAUGCAGUAGAAGGCCAUCAUGAAGGUCUAGUGAUUUUACUCCCAGUUGGAAACUGCAUGAUCAAGCGAAUCCUUGUUGACAAUGGAAGCUCUGCAAACAUCAUCAUGCUUGAUACUCUGAAACAUAUGAACAUAGACGAAAAAAACAUCAUCAAUAAGUCAAUAAUGCUAGUAGGACUCAGUGGGGAAACCAAGAAGACAAGCGGGGAGAUCACAUUAGCUACCUAUGCAAAAGGAGUCAACCUACAAGUCAAGUUUUAG